UCCUCUCAUGCUGUUGUCCUCUCCUCCUGUCCAGACAGUGCGAGCCUGCAGCCAGUAAUGAUCCCAGCAUCCCUGCCGACGGGAUCACGACUACAACACCGCCUUAUCUUUCUUUGAACGCGCAUUUAAACGCCACACACCGGAAUAUUAUCGAGCUUUCAUUAGAAUCGUCUGAGAGACUGUUUGUUCUAAUGGACUUGAGAGCGAACGUACUGGAACCGCGCGCUCCACACGGGACGCCGUCUGAACAUCAAGCAACGCUGGCCACAUUGGCACCCUCCGCCGUCUCGAUGGAAACCGAGUACCAUCAGGCAUCGUUGGGCUCUCUGGUUUGUACCCAUGAUGUAGAGCCGACCAGCUGCCAGACCCCAGGCCCUGUGACAUACCAGCCCGGGCCCACCGGGGUCGGAUUGGACUCCUUCCCAUGUCUGCGCCCCCUCGCUUUCCCCCAGCAGUCCAAGGAGAAGGCGCGCCGCUCGCGAGAGGUCACUGUUAUGGUCAAGGAGAAAGCAGAGAGUGCUGAUAGGAUUUGUUCAUCCCCGAAUGAUGCUGCUGCCUCCAAACCCAUUCUCUCGUCUCCUCCUCGCCGGCAUCAUUCUCUCCCUCAUUCUCACCAUCCACAUGUGGGCCGCACCCGGAUGGGCAGCCGCUCCAGCUCCAUCGCCUACACAGCAUUCUCCCCACGGCCCUCGAUUUCACGUCACUCCAGCAUCGCCACCAACCCCCCGAUGGACCGCUCCAAACCCAAAGACUACCUCAUCCUCGCCGUCAUAGCCUGCUUCUGUCCUGUCUGGCCAAUCAACAUUGUGGGAUUUGUUUACUCCAUCAUGUCGAGGAACAGUCUGGAGCAGGGGAACAUCGACGGAGCGAGACGAUUGGGUCGCGUGGCCAAGCUGCUCUCUGUGGUCUCUCUGCUGGGAGGAGCCAUCAUCAUCGUAGCAUGUGCUGUGAAUCUGUCAAUUAAUGUGAAAUCCUGAGAGGGUUGAGCGUGCCACAGAAUCCAGCUUUACAUCAGACCACUGACCCGAACACCACGGCCCAUUUCUUUUGCCCCACGGCUGCUGUGACGGCAAUCGCAACACAGAGAGCAAUCGAUAAUCGGAUGACAUUGCUCUCUAAAGAGAACCCUUGGGAAUCUGCACCAGCAUGCCAUCCUUCAAACAGAUGGAGUAAGAUACUUCACU